AUGGUGUUCGUGGUGAUCAAUCCACAAUCGGACGAUAUUAUCGUCAGCAAGAGUUUGCUCGUGAGUAUUUUGACGGAUCUUGCAGCUGUAUUGGCAGGGUCGACUGGUGUUGAGUAUCCGAGUGCAACGACCCGUCGCUUCGUGAAUGCUUUUGAUGUCACUGGUCAUGUUGAGAAUGCGGUCGCUAUUGCGUAG